GCCGCACGCGACACCAAAACCAGGAAGUGGCCUUUUUUCAGCCCCUCGACUUUGAAAGAUGGAGCAAACUACAAGCGAGCCCCGUCAAAAAACAUUUACAUGCCAAUCGUGUGAUUUAAGCAGCCCUUUUACUUACUACGGCCAGAAACCACCAAACACCAGAGCCAUUGUGUUGCUCGAGGACUGUUUCGUGACCCAGGACCCCUUCAGUCCGGACAGGGAGAAGUUUCUUGUGUUGGGCUCCACCUGCAGCCUGUGCAACAGGUGUGUUUGUGUUGGAUCGGACUGCAGCAUUUUCUACACCAAGAGGUUCUGCAUGCAGUGUGUGAACAAGCACUUGCAGCAGUUCCCACCUCAGAUCCAGUCAGAGCUGUCGAAGAAGAAGCAGAACUGCAAGUCUGCCACCAUCCUGACAUCCGGCAGUAAGAGGACUGCAGCCUUUUCUACACUAAGAGGUUCUGCAUGCAGUGUGUGAACAAGCACUUGCAGCAGUUCCCCCCUCAGAUCCAGUCAGAGCCAGCCAAGAAGAAGCAGAACUGCAAGUCUGCCGCCUCGUGACAUCGGACAAGUAGAGGUCCAUAACGCGCUUUACCGGCACUCUUCAUCAAACCCAUACUGAACUAAACUGCAAAGACAGCAUAUGGAAAGAAAAUGACCAGCACACAUCAGAACAAUACAAGUUAAUGCUUUUGUCCAGUAAAAUUAGGUUGCUGUUUUAGCCUCCAGGGUGUUAUUUAUUUGUUUUAUAGAAGCAGCAAAUGGAAAAAUGCUAAGAAUUAAAACUGAUUUCAUAUACAAGCACAGUUGUCCCUACAGUAGCCCUAAAUGUCCUGUUAAACCCCCAAAACUGUUAAAAUGAUUGCUAAUAUCUGAUCAAGGAUGUCUAUGAUGUUCAAUUUGGUCCAAUGCUUUCUCAGCCCAAUUCAGCAAUGGUCCCUGGCACCCUACAAACUGUUAAACACUACUAUUAAAGCUCAAGAUGAGAUGUGGAAGUAAUUGCAUUAUCCAAGACCAGUUGCCGGGUAGAUUUAAAAACUGAAUAAUUUCUCCACUGUGUAAGUGUUCAAAAAAAAAAGUCACCUACAAUUUAUCUUUUGACUUCAUGAAUAAUGCCUGUUGUGUAAUAUUUGAACACCCAUUUGAUUUUUAUGAGACUACAUUUGUAUUACUUUUCAGCAACAUAUGGAAACAUCUCCACGAUGCAUUAUCGCCCCGUUAUCCCUCUUGUCUCUGUGUCCAUGGCCAGGACGGUGCACUGCUAACUUCUGUGAAAGUCAAAAAAAUUGUUUUUCU